GCCGGUGCUGCGCCGGGCGGUGGAGUCAGAGCCCGGGAGCGGGAGCACGAGCUGCAACAUCAGCACCGGCGGCGGCGGCAGCAGCACCUGCACCAGCUCCCGGGCCCCGCGCUGCGCUCUCCGCCCUGCCGCGCCCGGGGCCGCCGCCCCGCGCUCUCUAUGGAUGUCAAAGCGGCCCCCAACGGGGUGGCCACCAUCGAGGACCGGAUCCUGCGGAUCACCGGCUACUAUGGCUAUUACCCGGGUUACUCCAGCCAGAAAAGUACCUCCAGAUCAUCAGUUACUCGAUGUAAACCAGGAGCCAACUGCCCCAGUUCACACAGUGGCAUCAGUAGGCAACUGUCCCCUCUUUCUGUCACCGAAGAUUCUUCUGCUCCUAUUCUUGAACUUCAGAGCCGAGGAUCUUCUGGAGUUUGCGGACAUAGAGUCGAAAGGCAGAACAGAUCAGGGGAUGAUGGAACACAGACUCAUCCUGAGAACAGCAGCCAAGAAAACAGAAUCAAGGCUCGCUGCCGGUCAUGCACGUCCAUGGUUCUGAAGGCCGUCUGGGGACUUUUGAUCAUCUUGUCAGUCUCAUCGUCUUGGGUUGGAACCACACAGAUUGUAAAAAUUACUUACAAGAACUUCUACUGUCCAUUUUUCAUGACUUGGUUUUCAACAAACUGGAACAUUAUGUUUUUCCCAGUCUACUAUUCUGGUCAUCUGGCCACUGCUCAAGAAAAGCAGUCUCCAAUGAAAAAAUUCAGGGAAUGCAGUCGGAUUUUUGGUGAAGAUGGUCUGACAUUGAAGCUCUUCCUUAAAAGAACUGCUCCCUUUUCUAUUCUAUGGACUUUGACUAAUUACCUGUAUUUACUGGCUUUAAAGAAGUUGACAGCCACGGAUGUCUCUGCUCUGUUCUGUUGUAACAAAGCCUUUGUCUUCUUGCUGUCGUGGAUCGUGCUGAAAGACAGGUUCAUGGGAGUGAGGAUAGUUGCCGCAAUAAUGGCCAUUACCGGCAUCGUCAUGAUGGCAUAUGCAGAUAAUUUCCACACUGAUUCGAUCAUAGGAGUGGCCUUUGCAGUGGGUUCAGCCUCUACGUCUGCAUUAUACAAGGUUUUGUUUAAGAUGUUUCUCGGAAGUGCCAACUUUGGUGAAGCGGCACACUUUGUCUCCACGUUGGGUUUCUUCAAUUUAAUCUUCAUCUCUUUCACCCCGGUCGUCCUGUAUUUCACCAAGGUGGAACACUGGUCCUCAUUUGCAGCUCUGCCGUGGGGCUAUCUCUGUGGGAUGGCCGGGCUGUGGCUGGCCUUCAACAUCCUGGUGAAUGUCGGCGUGGUGCUGACAUACCCAAUCCUGAUCUCCAUUGGGACAGUGCUCAGCGUUCCUGGAAAUGCAGCUGUGGAUCUCCUGAAGCAGGAGGUGAUAUUCAGUGUUGUCCGCCUGGCUGCUACGAUCAUCAUCUGCAUUGGGUUUCUGCUGAUGCUCUUGCCAGAGGAGUGGGAUGAAAUUACCCUCAGAUUCAUCAAUAGCCUGAAGGAAAAGAAGAGCGAGGAGCAUGUGGACGACAUUACUGAUUCCAAUGUACAUCUGCGGAGCAGAAGCAGGGCCAAUGGGACAGUGUCUAUACCACUGGCUUAACGAGGGACCCGUUUUGAAUGCACGUGUAUGUAUAUUCUGUGAAUAUAAUAAAAUUUUCUCACUACCGGUACACUCAAAUGACAAUAUUAACUCUGAAUUUGGGUAAGUCAUACGGGAAACAAUGCCACUGAUAAAAGUUUACAUUUAUAUGCUUAUCAAGGAACUGGUGUAAAUGAUCAUAAUAAAAAUUUUUUAUGAAAACAUA